AAAGCACAUACAGUAGACUCAUCGUUUCUACUAGCACAGUUGUUUCCUUCGGUCCUGCUCCUAACAAGCACAUGCUUUAGCUUGUGUCGAGCCCGCAGUGCUCCAAUCGUCCUGCAGCGAAGCCCAUCACACACUCUCUAUCUAGGCAGCGCGACGAAUAUGAAACAACCCUAAACCAGGCGGGCCCACACGGCUUCUCCUGCCCUUUUUGUUUCAGUCUUGUAUCCCGACUCACACUUCUGAUCGGCUCUGUUCUCAAACCAGGCAAGAAAUGAAAGGCGAAUUGGCUGAAUCGAAGGUGGCUUCACAAGAUGAGGUGAAUGAGUUGAGGCAAGCAUUGCGUGUAGUGCAGGAGAGGAAUGAGAGGACCACUGCUGUGGUGGAGGAGAGGGGGAGAGAGUUGGCAGCAGUCAAGGGGGACUUGGCUGAACACAAGGGCUUAUUGGCACUGCUGUCGGAGAACACAGAGCGAAAAAGAGCGGCAGAAACGAGAGAGUUGAGAGGGCAGUCAAAGGAGGGGGAGAGGGAAUUGCCAAUAGCGGAGGGGGGGUUGGUGGAGCGGCUGUCCUUGGGAGUGACGACGAGGGAAAUGGGAGAGGCUGAGCGAAGAAGACAAGUGGCGGAGAUGAGGGAGAGAGAGAUGAGGGAGAUGAAAGGGCAGAUGGAGGAGUGGGAGAGAGAGACGAGGGAGAUGAAAGGGCAGGUGGAGGAGAGGGAGAGAGAGAUGAGGCAGAUGAAAGGGCAGGCGGAGGAGAGGGAGAGAGAGAUGAGGGAGAUGAAAGGGCAGGCGCAGGAGAGGGAGAGAGAGAUGAGGGAGAUGAAAGGGCAGGCGGAGGAGAGGGAGAGAGAUAUGAGGGAGAUGAAAGGGCAGGCGGAGGAGAGGGAGAGAGAGAUGAGGGAGAUGAAAGGGCAGGCGGAGGAGAGGGAGAGAGAGAUGAGCGAGAUGAAAGGGCAGGCGGAGGAGAGGGAGAGAGAGACGAGGGAGAUGAAAGGGCAGGUGGGGGAGAGGGAGAGAGAGAUGAGGGAGAUGAAAGGGGAGGUGGAGGAGAGGGAGAGAGAGAUGAGGGAGAUGAAAGGGCAGGCGGAGGAGAGGGAGAGAGAGAUGAGGGAAAUGAGAGGGCAGGCGGAGGAGAGGGAGAAAAAGAUGAGGGAGUUGAGAGGGCAGUCGGUCAAGCGGGAGAGGGAAUUGGCAGCGAUAAAAGAACUAGAACAACGGUUGAGGGAGGAGUUGGCCAGGGUGACGACGGAUGAGCGGAGGAAGGAGGAGAAAGAGUUAAUGCAGCAGCUGCCACGUGCGGGGGAAGAAUUGCCAGCCCGGAGGAAACGACAUACAAGACCAGAUCUGAAGUUGAAUAUUGAGCUGGAAAUCAACCGGAGUAAGGGAGAUCGGAAGGCUAUAUGGCAGAAUAUCCAGGCAGCACAAGGGACCAAUCUGGAUCUGAGUGGCCUCUCCUGCCUCUCAGACGCUAUUCUCGGCAUGUCUCCACUAUGACCCACCUGCAUAGUAUUGACUUGGGUUGGUCUUCAGGUUUCAGUGAGACGGGCAUUAGGUACCUCCACAUGCUGCCGCGUCUGGUGAAGCUAGAACUCACCGCAGCUGAUGCGUCAUGCAGUGCCCUAGAAAGCAUUGGGGAAGCUAGCAGCCUGAAGUUUCUCUUCCUCAGCCGCACCAAUGUGACUGAUGCUGGCCUACAGCACCUGACACGCCUCUCCGCACUGAAGACGCUUUGGUUGAGUGGCUGUAAGGGUGUGACAUGUGAUGGCAUGGUGCAUGUGGGGAGGCUGACAGGCCUGGAGGACCUUGGGCUGAAUGGCACGGCGGUCAAGAAUGAUGGGCUGCAGCGAUUGGCCCGUCUUACUAAACUGGCAUCCCUCUGGCUGCCAGAAGGGGGUCGUGUUACUCAUGGGGAGGUACUCUGGUGGGUAGGCAGGUAGGCGCGCUCAGAUUGGGGUAUGGAAGGAAGGGAGACGAGAUGAAGGGCUGAGCUGACUGCGACAGCAAAGGAGAAUCCGAGGAACAAGCAAGGAGGCAAGGUGUGUGAAGAGUGAGGGUAGCGUCCAAACGGAGGACUAGUCGAGGGCUCUAUGUGCAAGGCAGUUCUUGUGCGUAUUGGAGAAUGGGAUGUAAACCUCUACCUUGAAGUCAGGCACAAAGCAGUUUCAGCAACGGCUCAGGCAUGACAGAAGUGCAGCGGGAUGGGUUUGCGUGGCUCUGGUCUGGUUUCAGGCUGGACACAUACUAAAGCUUAGGGGGGGUCCCAAUAAUUCAUCCUCUAUUUAUUUCGUGAAAAGUAACCCGAUUUUAACCUCGUUUGGAUUUCGCGGGGACACGUGCGUGAAAUUGAUAUAACUGUCAGAAACUAGCUUAGCUAGGAAGCCAUAGAAUGGCACAAGGUUUAGCUAGGA